AUGGCUACAAAUGAUGGCGAAGAAGAAACUGUACAACAAUUGAUAGAAAAAUUACUUGACGAGGAAGAAAAAACACAACAAGUAAUCAAACAACUUAAGAAUGAAAUCAAAAAAAUGAAACGUAAAGCUGAAGAAAUUGAACUGAUCGAGGAAACAAAACAUCGUGAUGAAAUCGAAAAAAUGAAACAUGACGCUCAGGAUAUGCGACAAAUUCAAGAAGCAAUAAAUCAAUAUGAAAGUAAAAAAUUCGAUCGUCACAUUGAAACAUUGAAUCAUGAACUUGAAAUACGUAAACGUAUAAAUGCAACAUUGGAUCGUCAACUUGAAAUAAUAAAACGUACAGAUGAAUUGAAGAGACACAUAAAAGAAGCAAUACAGCAACAAACACAUGAAGCUUACCAAAGAAAAACACGGAAGCUAGACAUCGAAUCCGAUUCAUCAUCAACUAAAAAACGUCGUAAUGUAUUUACAUUUCAUGAUUACUUUUGCGAUAUCGAUAUACCCGAUGAAUUACAAUCGUUCGAUAUUGAUGUAGUCUUAAAUGACAAUAAUUAUUUUAAUGAUAAUAUAUUAAAUUAUAUUAAACAUUAUUCAAAUCAAUUUUCAUCAUAUCCUAAAUUAAAUGAAGAAGAAAUUCAAAAAGGAUUUGAUCAAUUAAUUGUUAAUUUAUUAAAUACAUUGAAUAAUUCUACAUCAUUGAAAUAUUUACAUACAUCUUCUUCGUAUUAUUUAGCAAAUAAGUUUAAUCCUCACUGUACAUUUAUAUAUAAAAAUCUAAAUAUCGAUAUUGAUCAAGAAGAGCCAUGUUUAAAAGAUUUUAUUGUUUCUUUUGGUAACUUAAUGUCCCCAUAUGUUUCUUUCUCAGCAGAUUCAAUGAUUGAAGAAAUAUUACAAUAUUUGACAAUGAUAUUUGCAGUACAACAUCGUGAAAAGAUAUAUGGUUUUCUUAGUAAUUAUAUACACAUCAAAUUUUUUUAUGUGAAAAAGAAAUCCGAUUCGGAAUGGUAUGAAUUUUUUCAAAGCCAAGAAUUAGAAAUGUUUACUUAUUCGUCCGAAACAUUAUCGUCUAUUGAUACGUCAACAACAGUAACAACAACUGAAAAUGCAAGAAAAUUAGAUGUUAAUAAAGAUACAUGGAAAAUAUUUACAAAUUUUUUAACAAUGAAUACUAAUUUUUAUCAAUAUACAAGAUUAAAUAUAGAUCCUCAUGAUGAUUUACUUGGCGAUCGAUAUAUGAUAACAAAAAAAUUAGGAUUUGUUAUAUCAUCGAUGGUUUAUUUAUUAGAAAAAAAAUGA